GCGGACAAUACGCGCGCGCGUCUCAGAGCCGGGGGCGCGCGGGAGACGCACGGGAGGCGUUGUUCACACGCUGCUCUUAUCUCUGUUAUUCCUGACGAAUGAACGAAUGAGCAUCAUCAUCAUCUCCACACUGAUCUAAUCCAGCUGUUAAUCCAGCCACUGGCGGAGAGACCCCCGCUUUAGGCGGCUGCAGAACAUCUGCAUCACCGGCCAGAUUCCUCCACCGCCCGCGGAGCCGCGUGGCCCUGCCGGACACCAUGAGCCAGAGGUUCACGGUCACCGCCUUCUCCAAGAGCGACGGGGGCGCGGAGAUCCAGGGGGAGGUCAACCAGCUCUUCGAGGGGGACGAGCCCACCCCGAGCUGCGCGGACAAAGGAGGCGCAUCCAGCUGCUCCGAGGACGCGCUGAAAGGAGAUGGUAACCCCAAGGAGAGCAGUCCUUUCAUCAACAGCAGCGAUCCAGAGAAGAGCCAGCAGUAUGACGGCAAAAACAUGGCCCUGUUCGAGGAGGAGAUGGACACUAGCCCCAUGGUAUCGUCUCUGCUCAGCAGCCUCGCCAACUACUCCAACCUGCCACAGGGCAGCAAGGAGCACGAGGAGGCUGAGAACAACGAAGGAACCCGCAAGAAACCUGUACAGGCUCCGCGGAUGGGCACGCUGAUGGGAGUGUAUCUCCCUUGUCUGCAGAAUAUUCUCGGUGUGAUUCUAUUUCUGAGAAUGACCUGGAUGGUGGGCAUCGGAGGAGUCAUCGAGGCUUUCGUCAUCGUCCUCAUGUGCUGCUCCACGACCAUGUUGACUGCAAUCUCAAUGAGUGCCAUCGCCACCAACGGAGUAGUGCCAGCUGGAGGCUCCUACUACAUGAUCUCUCGCUCGCUUGGUCCUGAGUUCGGAGGUGCUGUGGGGAUUUGCUUUUACCUGGGGACCACCUACGCUGGAGCCAUGUACAUCCUGGGCUGUAUCGAAAUCUUACUGAUCUAUAUUGUGCCACAAGCCGCCAUCUUUAAGAUGGAGGGUUUGGAGGGCUCGGAGGCGGAGGCAGCCAUGUUGAAUAACAUGCGUGUGUAUGGAUCUCUAGUGCUGACCUUUAUGGCGAUAGUGGUGUUUGUGGGGGUGAGGUAUGUCAACAAGCUGGCGCUGGUGUUUCUGGCCUGCGUUAUCUCCUCCAUCCUGGCCGUCUACGCUGGGGUCAUCAAGACCGCCUUUGAGCCCCCCUUGUUCCCAGUGUGCACACUGGGAAACCGGACCUUGGUGUGGAAGGGCUUUGACGUGUGUGCCAAAGUGAUAGAGAGGGACAAUGCCACGGUCACGACCAAACUCUGGAGAAUGUUCUGCGACUCUGAGUUCCUCAACGCCACCUGCGACACCUACUUCUCCAACAACAACGUGACGGAGAUACAGGGCAUCCCUGGGGUCACCAGUGGUAUUCUUAAAGAGAACCUGUUCAGUACAUAUCUGGAAAAGGGGAUGUUUCUGGAGAAGAAGGGUCUUUCCACCUACCUGGAGCCAGAUGAGAUUCCCACUAACUCCAACCGCUAUGUACUGGCUGACAUCAGCACCUUCUUCACCAUGCUGGUUGGGAUUUAUUUCCCUUCUGUCACAGGUAUAAUGGCUGGCUCUAACCGCUCUGGUGAUCUGCGGGAUGCUCAGAAGUCCAUUCCCAUCGGUACCAUUUUGGCCAUUACCACUACCUCCUUCAUCUACAUGUCCAGCGUGGUGCUGUUUGGCGCCUGCAUUGAGGGAACAGUGCUGAGGGAUAAGUUUGGUGAGGCUGUGAGGGGGAAUCUUGUGAUAGGAACGUUAGCGUGGCCGUCGCCGUGGGUCAUCGUGUUCGGCUCCUUCUUCUCCACCUGUGGAGCCGGACUUCAGAGUCUGACGGGUGCUCCACGUCUUCUGCAGGCCAUAGCCAGGGACGGAAUAGUGCCGUUCCUGAGAGUAUUCGGUCAUGGCAAAGCCAACGGGGAGCCCACCUGGGCUUUACUUCUGACGGCCGUUAUCUGUGAGAGUGGAAUCCUCAUUGCCUCUCUGGACUCAGUGGCACCAAUCCUCUCAAUGUUCUUCUUGAUGUGCUACAUGUUUGUGAACCUGGCAUGUGCCUUACAGACUCUACUGAGGACCCCCAACUGGAGACCCCGCUUCAAGUUCUACCACUGGGCUUUGUCGUUCCUAGGCAUGAGCCUGUGUCUCUCGCUCAUGUUCAUCUGCUCCUGGUACUACGCCAUCGUUGCCAUGGCGAUCGCCAGCUGUAUCUACAAGUAUAUCGAGUUUCGGGGGGCGGAGAAGGAGUGGGGUGACGGGAUCCGGGGGCUGUCUUUGAGCGCGGCACGUUUUGCCCUCAUGAGGCUGGAGGAGGGGCCGCCUCACACCAAGAACUGGAGGCCCCAGAUUUUGGUGCUGGUCAAUGUGGACGCAGAGCAGAAUGUUGAGCAGCCUCGUCUGCUCUCUCUGACCAAUCAGCUGAAGGCAGGGAAAGGUCUGACCAUAGUGGGAACAGCACUGGCUGGAACCUUCCUGGAAAAUCACCCUCAAGCCCAACAAGCAGAACAGUCCUUGAAGAAGAUAAUGGAGACAGAGAAGGUGAAGGGAUUCUGCCAGGUGGUGGUCUCCUCCAACAUCCGUGAUGCCACCUCUCACCUGGUCCAGGCCAGCGGGCUGGGCGGCCUGCAGCACAACACUGUGCUGGUCAGCUGGCCCCGCAACUGGAAGCAGGCUGAGGACCACCAGCUCUGGAGGAACUUCAUUGAACUGGUGAGAGAGACCACUGCCGCAAGCAAGGCCCUGCUCGUGCCCAAGAACAUCGCUGCCUUCCCAUCUAAUGGCGAGCGCUUUACUGAGGGUCAUAUCGAUGUGUGGUGGAUUGUCCAUGAUGGAGGCAUGCUCAUGCUCCUGCCAUUCCUCCUGCGCCAAAACAAGGUGUGGAGGAAGUGCAAGAUGCGCAUCUUCACUGUGGCCCAGAUGGACGAUAACUCUAUUCAGAUGAAGAAGGACCUGACCACCUUCCUUUACCAUCUACGUAUAGAUGCCCAGGUGGAGGUGGUGGAGAUGCAAGACAGUGAUAUCUCAGCCUACACCUAUGAGAAGACUCUAGUGAUGGAGCAGCGCUCUCAGAUCCUCAAACAGAUCAACCUCACUAAGACCGAGCGCGAGCGUGAGAUCCAGAGCAUUACUGAUAGUUCCCGUGGCUCGAUUCGUCGGAAGAACCCAGCAGCAGUCAACACCCAGCUGAGUGUAACUGAAGAACCAGCGGCCAGCAGCAAAGAGGAGAAACCAGAGGAGGAGGAACAGCUCAUCCACGACAAGAGCACCAAUCCUCCCACCCCCGCCACCCCCCAGUCCCCGGCCGCCGAGGCCGAGACCCCCAGCACUGUCGUCCAGAUGACCUGGACCGAGGCCAAGUGUGACGGAGAGCAGGCCAAGCCUCUUGGAGCCACCACACCUGAGGCCAUCAAGGAUCUCUUCAACAUGAAGCCAGAGUGGGAGAAUCUAAACCAGUUCAACGUUAGGCGCAUGCACACUGCUCUCAGACUCAAUAGUGAAAUUGUGAAGAAAUCCCAGGAAGCCAAGUUAGUCCUGCUCAACAUGCCCGGACCACCCAAGAACAGGACUGGUGACGAGAACUACAUGGAGUUCCUUGAAGUCCUAACCGAGGGUCUCAAUCGGGUCCUCCUCGUGCGUGGAGGAGGUCGUGAGGUCAUCACCAUCUACUCUUGAAAGACCAGCCUGCAUCACUUCAUCCCAUUCCCUCAUUCCCCAACCUGCAGAAUCCCUACAAACGUCACAUUCUCACACACCCGGCCCAAAACUCCCAAAAAACUCCCAAAAACUCCCCUGCCAUUCCCAAGCAAUAUCCCAGAAGCCCCUGCCCUCGCCCCAAAACCCACUCCAUGCCGGAGACACAAGUCCACAAGUCCACAAGUACACAAGUUCUUUACGACCCCUCACCUUCUUCGUCCUGCCCUCAGACAAGAAGUCCUAUUUUACCAAUCCGGUAGUGAACUCCAUCAUUUGCUGCCCAACGUUCCCAAUGUCCUCCUAACCGUUCUGUAUCUGUGGUGAACUGGUUCCGCCGGCUGAGUUCAGUGCUACGUUCAUUCCGAAGGGCAAACUAUUGAUGUCAGUAAUGUAAGCAGCAUUAAGUAAUCUGCUGCAUUCCGGAGGUUUUUAUCUAUCCCCACUUUCGUAGACCUGUAGACCAUCUGUAGACCAUCUGUAGACCAUCUAUAGACCAUCUAUAGACCAUCUGUAGACCAUCUGUAGACCAUCUAUAGACCAUCUGUAGACCAUCUGUAGACCAUCUGAUGGCCAUCUGUAGACCGCUCUUCUCAUCCAGUCUCAUCUGGAUGCGUUUGAAGGUUGCUGAAACAAGACAGUCGGGUUACAAUACAGUCUGUUUUGUGUUUUUUAUUUUCAUUUUUUUGUUAUUAGGACUAUUUUUUUAUUCUAUUGUAUUUCAUUUCUUCGAUUAUUUGUUUAAAAACUGAACUCGCCAGAAGAACAGUCGCCAGACACGCCGAGGAUCCCCAAGUCAUCGAGUUGCAUCGCUGUGUGAGUGAUGGAGCGACGAGUUCUCAGACAGACAGACUCUUGACAGAUGAACUGACCAAGAUGGUGGCGCGACGUUUCUGCCACGGAAUGGACCGACCUCCCAGCAGCUUUGUCUGUUGCGAGCGGGACUGGCGACCACGAGGGGAGACGCUUGGUCUCGCCGUCCAGUUGACACGCUUGGAGGAAGCCGUAGCAAAAACCGUCAGGAUUCCUCGAUCGCACUGGGAAAUGAGUUUUUGCGUUCUGUUUUCUUGGCAGAGUUCUGUCAUUUUAUUUGUGUUUGUGUGCAUGUCUCAUCGUCACCCUCCGUACUCACUCGCCUCAUCUCAUCUUUUUUCGUGUCUCCCGGUCAGAAGUGGCUAGCUAUUCCCUGCCAACUACGACAUGUGCCAAAAAAAAAAAAAAAACGAGAGUGGGAAGAUCUGUGACACGCUGUCCGAUUGCCAGGCAGCGAAAGACGAAGCUGCGUAUAUCUGCGGUAAUAAUGGCGGCGUAAUUAGAGAAGAACCGAUUAAAAAAAGGGGCUGAGAGAAAAGAGAAAAGGAUUCAAUUCAAGCGUAGGCCGUUGGAUUAGUGUAAAUACAAUCUCUGUACAAUCUCUGAGGUAUUAAGAAGAAGUAUUCGUGUAGUGUUCUUCUCCUGAAUCCUGAAUUCACGAAGUAAGCCUCCUCCAGUUGAAGAAAUAUCCUUCAUUUUUUUGACAGGGUCGGCUUCAUUUUGAAUGGCUUUUGGCUUCUCGCUGGAAGUGAACCGAACCGCACUGUACUGUAGCCCCCUUCACGAGCACUCAACCUGCACUGGCAGCCACUGUGCAACAAGUGAUUUAAUGAAUCUGUGGAUUCAUUAAAUGUGUGAACUGUGUGUGUGUGUGUGUGUGUGUGUGUAAAAGUGUGUGCAUGCAUGUAUGUAUGUGUGUAAGUGUGUAAGUAAGUGUGAGUGUUCCAUCCGUGACAGAGAGAGAGAGAGAGAGAGAGCGUGGACGCUACCAUUGAUUUUUUUUUUUGCCUUUUUACAAAAGGGAGAGCAUAUAUAUACAGUAUAUGUUUGUUACAUUUACAGACAGAUCUAUUUAAAAUAUAUUUAACAGUAUGAUAUGCAUCAGUAUCUGUGUUGGGAAGCACCAAAACACCCUUAAAAAAAAAAAGAUCACACAACUCCAUCACGAUGUAGACGUUGCUUGUGCCACAUACUGUCUGUAUAAGCAAGUGGAAACCGUAAUCAGCAGCGGCAGAAGAGAAGAGGACUGAUUACACGGUUUUAAAGGUUUUUGGAGGUUUUAGAAAGAAGCGAUUUAUUAGUUGGAGGUUGAUUGAAUGUACUUAGGAAUUAUGGAGGGAGAGGAACCAGAGGAAGUAUUCAUCUUUAGGCUGUAGACAUUUGUCAGUCUGGCUUUAAAGCUCCAAAUUCCUUGGGAUAUCUAUUUUCCCAAUGCUUGAAAAUCCCAGCCGAGCAUUUUGAGGGGAAAAAAAGUGCAUUUUUGAAAGGACUGUGCAAUAGCUGAAAUGGAGAAAUCAUGUAACCACUGCAUUAUUUAUUUUUGUAUGCAUAUAUUUUAUACAUGUGGCUUUACAUCGCUUCAUUCUCACUGUAGAAGCUGUAGUCGUCUCAACUGCAGUUUAUAUAUUUAUAUAUUUUUUUCGUUUCUUUUCAGAGAAUCGAACUGUUACAGUCAGUUGCACUUAGAUUGCAGUAGAUUUAUUGUUAAUAUGUCAAAUUAAAUAUAUAUAAAUAUAUAUAAAUAUACAUUCAUAUAAAUAUAAAUAUAUAUAAAUAUAUAUACGUAUAUAAAUGAUUGGAGAAAUAUAGUUUAUAGACUACAGAUAUUACAGUAUUUUCAGUUUUAAAAUUACGAUUACGAAAACCUCUCAUAAGUUGUGAAUGCUGCUAGUGUACGAACAGACUGGUUUGUAUUGUGUGUCUGUACAUAGAACGAACAACAACAAAAAAAAGAAAAGACAUAUUUAAAGGUAUACAUAUCAGUGCUGGUGAUUUAUUGCAUCUAAGAUGUAGAGCAGAUUUGGUUUCUGCAACGUAAAAAAACCAAAAAAAAAAAGACUAAAACAGCGAUCAGCAUUUCCUCCGUCUGGAAUCCGAAGCUGAGCCGAUGAUCUGAAACGUCCGGGCAGCUUUCCGUGGUGUCGUUCCGCUGGUGACGUACAGAAUAUCGAACCAUGCAAUGCACAAGCGUACAAGGACAUGGCUGCUUUUUCGUCUGGUGUACGUUCUGAGCCGUCGCAUGCUUCACCAACACGCCGUUGCAGUCGUUCGCUUUUUUCGGUAAAGCCGCCGAGCCGCUACUAUAUGAGUAGACUUUUUCCGCUCAUGAUUCGCCUGCAUAGUCUGAGCCUUCUGAACACAUUUUUCCCCAAACAGGCAUCUCUGAGUUGGUCCGAAAAGACUGAGUUUUUCGGCCAAAAGUUUCGAAAUGAUUUUUGUUUUUGAUUCCUGUUUGCAUGGUCCGUGUAUGAAUAUUCGUUUCAAUGGUUUCUAUUGUGUGUUGUAUGUAGACGGUAGAGGCAAAGGAAGGUCCAGGCGUCUGAUGGAGCUUAUCUAGGCCAAGGGCAGCAUGUUUAUUACCACUGAUGUCUGCCAAACGUUUGUAGUUACACUACUAUUGUAUUUACUUAACUACUUAACUACUAAUGUUAUAGUUAUAAGAACAUAAAAAAAAAAACUUUUAACAACUUUUUGAAAAAGUUCCAGUAAGGUUAGCCUGUAACGUUGCAGACAUAACAUUUUAGGAACUUUCUGAAAACUUGUGACAUAAUAAAGGUUUGCAUCACAACGUUAUUAGAACGUUUCUCAUAUAAAAUUCUCACCUAGGUGAAUACUCAUGUUUUAAUUGAACGUGGGGAAAGUAACUUUCCCCGAAACUAAAAUUAAAAAGUUCAAACAAGCGGCGUUAAAAGAAUUUUUAAAAAACGAAAAAUUAAUCUGUUUAAAGAACACCCAGAAAACGUUUAAAGAACGUUUACAGAAAGAUUAUAGGUAACAUUGACCCAAAACUAAAAUAAAACCUUUUAAACAAGUGACAUUGCAGUGGCGUUAAAAGUUUUUGCAGUUUAAAGAACAUCCAGAAAACAUGAUAGAUUAAUGAACGUUUAAAGAAUGUUAACUGUAACAUUAUAGGUAACAUUUCCAAAACUAAAUUUUUUACAUAAAAAAGUGACAUUGCAGUGGCGUUAAAAGAAGGUUUUAAAACAAAAAAAGGAAUUCUUUUAAAGAACAUCCAGAAAACUUGAUAGAUCAAUGACUGUUUAAAGAAUGUUAACUGUAGCGUAAUAGGUAACAUUUCCAAAAAAAGAUUAUUUUUUUAGUUUUUAAACAUUCUUUUAACAUUGCAGUGAUGUUAAAAGAAUGUUUAAAAACUAAAAAAAUAAUCUUUUUGAAGAACAUCCAGAAAACUUGAUAGAUUAAUGAACGUUUAACGAAUGUUAACUGUAACAUUAUAGCCAACAUUCCCAAAACUAAAAUUAAAACAUAAAAAAGUGACGUUGCAGUGGCGUUAAAAGAAUGUUUAAAAAAUAAAAAUCUAUAGGUUUUAGGAACAUCCAGAAAACCUGAUUAAUGAACAUUUGAAGAACGUUAACUUUAAUGCAGUUACUGUCACAGCUAAUAACCAAAAAUUGUUAGCUGGGGGUAGACAACAGACUUGCUGUUCUUAUAUUUAUUGUAUCAUCAAGUUAAGAGGAGUCUACUCUAAUUGCGUUGGGAUAAUUGGAAAUUACUACAUUGGGAAUGAGAAAAAAUAAUUGUUCACAAUGGUGAUGAUAGAAACCAGAGGUCUGGAGCAUUUUAUGCAUUUAAUAAGACACAUUUAAAGCUAUUAUAUUGCAAUAUAUUACCUAAAAUGUGGAAAUUUUGGGAAUGUUUUAGCCUAUAACAUAUGUGUUAAUCUGUUUGUAUGGAAAAUGAUCCCAAAACAAGCUUAUUUAUUCAGAUUCAUCACUGUGCUAUCUAAAAUUUAAAUGAAAUGUUAAAAAUUAAAAGUGUACGUUUAGUCAACAAUAUGUAUAAGUACAAAUGAACCUUAAUUCAGCUCUUGUAGAGGGAUGUCAGAAUAGAAGAGAAGCAAUUUCUUUCUGUCCAGUAUAAAAGUAAAAUAUCAAAGGCUGCCAGCUCUCACUUACUGGUCACAAGAAUUACAAUUGCUUCUAAUCUCAAACUCUCACCUCUUGCCAUUUCUCAUGCAUUUUAAUGAACCCUUUUCCUUAUCUGAAAUGACCUCAGAAUGAGUUUGAUUACUGAUAAAGUUUCCUACAGCUGCUGCUCUGGAUCUUACUGAUUAAACACACUGUAACUGGUAAUGAAGGCCUUCUGAAUUCAUCUUUAAUUUGGGAAAAGGGAAAAAAGACAAUGAGAAGAAGAGAAAAUGGACGAGAGUAGACAGUAAAAUAGAUGACAGCAGUGAGUGAGGGUUUCAGUAGUGGUAUAGUGUGGUAACAGAGCUCAUAAAUACAGUAUUGGGGGUGAUGCUUCUGUUCCAAUAAUAUUAUAAGGCUUGUGUUGCAGCCACUUAUUGAUUCUAAUUAAUAAAAAGCUAUUAAACUAAACCCAAGAUGACUGAAUAACAUGCCCUAUUUACAUUGAGCUCAAACCAAUUUUGUGUGGUUUUCAAACAAAUCUUCUAGCUACAAUGAAACCGAAACUUCACGUGAAGCACUAUUCUUUUGUGCAAGCACGUCAAUUACACAGUGCAAACUGUUUAGACUGUUCAGACAAUAGUCAAGUGUGGGUCAUAUUAAAAAGUGAACAGCCUACAUGGCCAAUUAGGACUCCCCCUUUCACUAGUGAUGACCCAACACCAGGAGGGUGAAGACUAGCACACGCCUCCUCCGAUACAUGUAAAUUCAAGAGCCAUCGUCUCUUUUUAAACUGCUGCUGAUGCAGUAUUACCGAGUAGCAUCACAGCGCUAACGCUCAGAGGAAAGCACAACAACUCGGUUCUGAUACAUCAGCUCACAGAUGCAGCCUUGUGCUGAUCAACAUCACCCUAGGAGUGAUGAGGGGAAUCUACUGUACCCACCCAGAGAGAGAGAAAGGCCAAUUGUGCUCUCUCUGGGCUCCGGCAGCUGAUGGCAAACUACAUGAACAGGAUUUGAACCAGCGAUCUCCUGAUCAACUAGAUGUACAUGUAAAGCCCUUGGCCUAUAAAAGCAAUUAGAAGACUCUCCCAAUCAGUUAGUCAACAUGUCAACAGGUGCCGAAGCAACUCGCGACUAAAAACGUGAAUCGUAGGCGGACGUAGCCUAACAAAACCUUUGGACGCAAUUCUAUAGCUAGAAUUGGUUGCCUGUUGUGUUUUUUAAUAUUCAUAGGUCCAUGUGAAUUAGAUUAGCAGGACACUCGGUGUGGUACGAAUGGGUUUAAGGUGUCGUUUGGCUUUCGUAUAUAUAUAUAUUUAUGCUCUUGGCUCUUGGCUAGACUUUCAGUACACUCGUCCUUUGUUGUAUUGUGAGAAUGCUUUCGGUAAACGCGGAACAGUGGUCUUAGAUUGAAAUUUUGUUUUCUAUUUUGCGAAGGUUAUGUGCAAUAUUAACGAUUAGUUCUUGCGUUCUCUUGGGGGGUAAAUGUUCCGUUCCUAAGUACUGUAUGUACUGUAUGUACGUAUAUCUGUGCAUACGUACAUAUGCAUAAUUAUUUUUUUCGUUUCUUUUCCUCUUUGUCUGCUUCGAGCACGGUCCGGUCUUGGCCGUGCCGUUCGCCGUGGCGCUCUUUGUGUGCUAGAGGAGUGUACAUCACAUCUGUUCUAUGGUGGCUGAGAUAGAAAUGCACUUUAUAGCGUUAACAUUCUUAAUGGCCUCGCCAUUAUUUUCUCUGAGCAUGCUGGAUCAUUUCAGAUUUCCUCUAGUGGCAAGAGCGUGAACUGCAGUCGUGCGGAGGCAACUGCAGCAUUCGAGGUUUCGCCGUUAGCUCUGCAGAACCGGUGGUGGGUUCUCCGCAGUUCCAUACUACCUAAUCAUGAUUUUAUGGUUUAGUAUUUUAUUUAUCCUGCUGUACAAUACUGAGGUGGUCUUAUAAAGUAUAUUUAUUAUAUUUCAUUUGGCAUGGAUCACACGGAUCAUCUUUUUAAUUUGGUGUUUCUUUAUUUUACUCUCUUUUUUUUAUUCUUUCUCUCCAGUCUAAAGAAUAGGGUACGAGACAUUGACGUUAAAAAUAAAGGUGUUUCAUUUCUUGCACCAGACACUGAAUCAAUGUAGUGACUCCCCCUGCCCUUGCUUCAUCAUCUUUCCCCACUUCCCUCCCAACACCCAAUCAAUCGAAUCGCACACCUGCAACCCCAUCUCUUGAACAGAACCCAACACAAGCUACCCAUUCAUUCACCUGCUCUCCUAAACCCCUUCCUUCCCCAAGGCACUGUAUGAAAAAUGUGAUUGCAGUAUAAAUUUGAAUAUUGAUCAAAGACUAUAAACAAGCGCUUCCACUUUUGGGCUUGGCUCUGUUAAAACUGGACGGCAUCUGGACGAAGCAUCUUCUCUCUUCAAGUUCUCUUUUAUCUAUCAAUAUAUCUAUCUACCAAUUGACCAUCAUUAUUAUCGUCAUCAUCACCAUCGUCAUUCAAAGGACUAUGAGAGGAACCCUGCUGAGAUGUAGCAAAGAGAUGAAUCCAAUCUCCCAUUAGUCAUUUGGAACCGAGAGGAACCGUUCUCAUUUCAACAGCUCGCAGUUCUGUUCUGAAAGAGAAUAUACAAAUGUCUAAGGGCUCUGGAUAUCAGUCUACAGUAUUUAUUCUAGGUGUUUUAAUUCUGAGGUGAGUUUGCAGUGGAAUUGAGUACAAAACAAGAGUACAAAACACCCAAGCUUGGUCCAAUUCUUCGAGGAACAUCGUUCUACCUGGAUUUUAAGGUUCCAGAUGCUGCAGCGUCCAGCCAGCACAGUUGUAACAGAGCCAGGGCCCAGGUUUGUUGUCGAACUCAACGCAUGCACAUUAUCCUGAACAAGUUGAUAUAACUCAAUAUAUAUUUAAAUGUUUUGUGGUUCUCAAUAUUACGUUCCCUCUCAGUAUUUAUUUUCAUUCUUUUCAAUUGCCUAUGUGUUCUUUUUACGAGCUGUGUGGUGUAAUUUAUCGUGUACAAACGCUUCAUUUGGGUAAAUCCGUAGGCUAGCUGGGGUGAAUGAGUGCACAUUGGUUACAGGAAUCUAUUUUUAUUAUAGUUAGUUAAGCCAAAUAAAAAAGGAGGCUGUUUUACUUUUGUUAUCAUGAUAACAGAGUUAAUUUAUCAACAGAAGAACCGAUUACCAAAGUAUAUUUAAGUUGACUUGGAAAUAUAUUUUGUGUGUUAUAUACGCAGUCAUUGCAAUGAAUGAAAAAGAAGCUUGGGGGGGAUCCGAUGAAGUCACACCACUUCAAUUCCACAGAUUUCUACGUAUGCCUUAAACCAAAACACCAAUUGGCAGCUAUAUAUCUUUCCUGAUGGUUCAGUGUGGAAGUAACUGGAGGAGGGUAACUUUUGCCUGUUUUAUUUCACUGAAGGCAUUCAAAUCUGUAGACUGUACGACUUCAUGGCCUAUCUUAAACAUAAUCUCGUGAACUACUGUAGUUUAAAUCUGUUCAAGGUUAUUUUAAAUCUAAGUGUAGUUUGAUCAAUUAAUUAGCAGAUUUACUGUUAGCGCUGAGUAAUAACCAAGUACAGCAAAACUUCAGUAAAAAGUAUAAUAAACCUGUAAAUCUAAGUAAUUUACAAUAAUAUAAUCUACAGUUGGCUGGCACUGUUGGAUUCUAAAUUAAAUUAUACUAAAUUAUAUUAUUAUACAGCUUUGGAAAAAAUGUAAGAGAUUAAGAGAUUAAAUUAAAUUAGUUUCUUUGAUUUUGCUUUUUAUAGGUAUAUGUUUGAGUAAAACAAACAUUAAAUUGAAUGAAAUUUAUUCUAUAAAUGACUGACAUUUCUCCCAGAUGUCAAAUAAAACUUCAGAAAUCAAUAUUUGGUGGAGUAACACUGAUUUUUAAUCACAGUUUUUAUGCAUUUUGGCAUGUUCUCCUCCACCAGUCUUACACACUGCUUUUGGAUAACUUUAUUCCUUUACUCCUGGUUGAAAAAUUCAUGCAGUUCAGUUUGGUGGUUUGAUGGCUUGUGAUCAUCCAUCUUCCUCUUGAUUAUAUUCCAGAGGUUUUCAAUUUGAUAAAAGCAAAGAAACUCAUCAUUUUUAAGCGGUCUGUUAUUUUUAUUUCCAGAGCUGUAUAUUACAAUCCUUGAGAACAUUCGGAAUAAGCCUUCAAACUACAUAAUCAGCCAAGCUAACGAAGUUAAAGCUAAAGCUAAGCUAAGUCAUUGGCAGUGUGUUUAGAGGAGGAUACAGGACCUGUAAACAGCUAACAUGAACAGUUUUGGCCCUUCAAGCUUGUUUUUGAUUCAUGAGAUGCGCAAAACAUUUUGUAUGAAUGUUUGAAAGAGAAUGGAUGUAGACGAAAAAAAAAGAGAUUUUCAGAUCUAUAACACGAGUAUGUAGAUGUUUUAUUACUUCUUUUUCUUGGUAUAGACCGAUUAUCACAGAAUUGUUCCACUGUGUUAUUCAUUUGUUUGUGCGUGCGGGGUGCGUGUGUAUGCAUGUGUGUGCAGACGUGUACGUGUGCACAAUUAAAAAAAAAAAAUAUAUAUAUAUAUAUAUAUAUAAAAAUAUAAAAAAGUGAAUAAAAAACGCAUUGGGGACCACGGGGCUAGGGAGGGACGGGGUUCUGUUCAUACAGAUAUGGUUAGUGUUGAGGUGUUUAUUUUUUGUGUCAGUGUUAACUUCAAUAUUUUAAAGAGAUAAAUAAGUAUUAUCUAUUGUGUUUCAUGGUACAAAAAAGGAAGAAAAAAAAAAUGAAAGAAAAUGUAGUUUUACAUUUCAAAUGCUUUAUCUCUAUGGCUUCUGGCAAUUUCCCAUUCCAUUUUAUAGAUUCGUCAGCACAAAAUGCAAUAAACUAAUACCAUUUUAUUA